ACAAGUGGCCAUCAAGCUUGUUUUUCUCUAUAUCUAUAUGAUAUAAUAUCAGACUUGGAGAAAAUUGUUCAAUAAUCUUUUAAGAUGGGUGCAAAGCACUCAAUUAAGAAUCCAAAAGAUAGAGAGGGGAUGCCUGUGAAGACAGAAGAACCAAGCAAGCUAAGACCAGAAAGAAGUAAAACAGAUGUCAAUUAUAAUACAGAAACAACAAAUAUAAGAGUCCAGCCUCCAUAUAUAAGACCUCAGCUUACAUAUAAUCUGAAUGAGACCUUGAAAGAAGCAGACUCUCCGCUGGAGAUCGACAGAUCAUCCACAGAUCGACUAUACAGACAGCUAUAUAAUGGAGUUCACCUCAAACAAAAAAAGAAGAAGUAUUGGGAUGACAAAGUGAACUGCUUUAUGUUAUAUGCAAAAGAUCUCUCAAUCACUUGGGGAGAAGAAGAUCGUUAUUGGAAUUGGGUAGAUAUAAAAGAGACAAGUGAUGAAAAUUUUCUAGCAGCAGAACUAAAAAGUGUGUGCUGGCUGGAAGUUUGUGGGAGGUUUGAUACAGCAGCACUUACACCAGAAACAUUGUACGAGGUAGUGUUCGUGGUGAAGAUAAAAGAAAAUGCAGAUGGACUGGAAUCAAUUACCUUGAGGCUUAUCAUCCCAAACAAGUCAAGCAAAGAGGUUACAGUAAAUCUGAUGAAUGUAACAGAAAGAGAAAAAUGGAUAGAACUGACAGUAGGUGAGUUCUUCACGAGCAGUGAAUUUAAGAGGAAGAAGAAGAGGGAGGAGAUUGAAUUUUUUUUAUAUGAAACUGAGAAAUUGAAUUGUAAACAGGGUUUAGUCAUCAAAGGUAUUGUUAUUCGUCCCAAAGAGUCCUGAGAUUUUCCGUCUGGGUGAUUUACAAGAAUGACUUUGGAGGUGGAUGAUCUUGAACUUCUAAUCUUGCUUGCCCCAUGAACAGAACGUCAAGUUUUGACUUUUCGCGUUGAACAAUUACUCAUGUGGAAAAAGUUCAAGACCACCUAUUUCCAAGGUCGUUAGGUGUUAAUUUCCUAAAGAAUAAGAAGCUUAUGUAAUUCAUUUUGGAGAUAUAAGUUUGUUCAGUUCGAAAUUCGGUGACUAAUGACCUGCCACUCUAUCCUUUUCCACUUAACUACCACCAAGUUUUAUUUGCGGCAACAUUUAAUUGUAAUCCAUAAUGUGCGUCUAACUCACACAUCAAAUGUUGCACUCAUACUAUUGGGCUUGA